UCUUGUGCAGCGCAAAGGAAGAGCAGCCGCUAGCCUGCGAAAUCUACUAACAGGAAAACAGUGACAAACGCACUGCACCAGCAACAGACUCUCUUAAAUUGAGAAACAGAGAAUGAACAUGUUUUAUUAUGCCUCAAGAUGUGUGGCCGACUUGUUUCAGGGAGGAUUUGUAAUUUUGGAGGCGGGAGAGUGUUGAAAACUGAAGGCGCCUCAGACUCGAGUGACUCUCGCGACUGAAGAGUUUCAUCCGAGAGGACGGCCUGAGGGAAACUCUCACACCGCCAAAUGGCCUUCAUUUAGGCCACGGAGAGGAAGUCAAGGGCUCGGAAAUAUUAAACACAGCUGGAUUAAAGCUGUCACUGUAUUUGGAGUUUCUGGAGUUUCAGUUUUAAGAAUAUAAAAGACUAAAAAUGCCGCGAUGAAGACUCCUGCGCGCUGACGGAUCACGGAGGGAGUCUUGAGUUAGCGUGACACCAACAGAAAAAUAUAUGAUAUAUUUUCAUAUGAACAGUGUUACUGAGCUUACAUUGAAGCUGUACGCUUCAAUCUGACGUGUCAAAGUCAGUAACAUACUUUACGGGGUCAUAAUGUCUAAAAUGCCGUCGAAAAAGAAGAGCUGCUUUCAGAUCACGAGCGUAACGCAGGCUCAGGUGGGGGCCAACAGCAUCACGGACGAUACCGAGAGUUUGGACGACCCGGACGAAUCCAGAACCGAGGAUAUGUCCUCAUCUGAGAUAUAUGACAUGUCCAGAGGCGGCGAUUUUGAGCAGGAGAUUUGUGACGUCAGUUUAUCGGACGAACCGCUUAAUAACGACCUGGAAACAUCUGGCGCGAGCGUGUCAAUACCUGGCUCCGUUAAUUCAGGUGGUGUUCACAUGAACCCAAACGCUCGUGGAGUCAAUGGGGCUUCAAGCCAAAUGACCACCCCAUCUGAACCAUCCCAGCCUUCAUCUUCAAUUGCUGGUGGUGUUGCAUCUAAUGCACCAUUUAGUAUGCCCCAGACAUCCACAUCAGUAAGCAGUUCUGCUACAGUAAGUAGUUGCAGUUCCCGUUUCAGAGUCAUCAAACUUGAUCAUAGUACAGGUGAGCCCUUUAAAAGAGGUAGGUGGACUUGCACCGAGUUCUAUGAACGAGAUACGGAUGUUUCCUCAUCAGGUCGGACGGUAGAUAAUGUUAAACAGGCUGGCACUUUGGACCAUAUAUUGGACAGGGAUGCUCUUGCAGUUCCUGUUGCAGCAGAACCACAUAAUGAUAGUGGGUAUGUGUCUGUACCAUCUAAUCCUGUGGACCAUCAACAGCAAAGUUUUGGCAUUUCACAGCAGGCAUUAGGGAAUAUUUUUCCAUCAGGGUCCGGCGAUGCCCACGUUCAACAAGUCAAAGGUCCUAGCAUGCCUUCUACAACUCAGCCACAGUCAUUUUACCCAGGUAAACCGGCACAAAACCCUGGUCAUAUCCUUCCCGCUGGUUUUCCAUCAGACUAUAUGUCACCGCAUCAGCCUCCCUUGCAAACUCCUGUCUCCUCAGCCCAGACACUAUCAGUGACCUCUCUUCCACUUGGUGCCCCACUGAACCAGGGCCAAUCCACUGUCAUGACCCCUGCUGCGGGAGGCACUCAAGUGCUCGGAUUAGUUCCACCUCAGGCUGUUGAUACUAUAGGGCACGGCAGAGGGCCACUUAUCGUCAGUCAAACAGAGCAAGUUCAUGGUCUUAUACAGAAGUCAGGCAUUGAUACAGCUCUAGGGACUGUCGUUUCACAGACACCAGUGCCGCUCAUUCAGCCAGCAGUAACCAUGUCUGUCAGCCCCCAAGCUGUGGUCCCUGGUGUACAAAAUGUGCCUGUUGUCAUGUCCAGUGCCUCAUAUCCCCUUCAGAGCAUGCCAAACCAGACUCUGGUACCUGUUGUACAGUCCCAACAGAACCAGCCUCAAGGAGUCCGUAGCGGUUCCGUGGUAGGCCUGAGCAUGCAGACUACCCCCUCCAACUUUAGCCAGUUUCCCACCAGCAGCACUCAGGCCAAUGAGAACCAGAGGAAGUGUGAUGGGCUACCUCCGAGCUUUGUCAUCAUAGGAAAAGAUGCCACCAAGCCCCUGAAUCCCGAGAGGUUGCAGCUUACCACACCUGCUGUCAAUAGCCUGUUUGGAAUAACUAUUCCCAUAGAUGGGUAUGAAGACAGUUACUCACCUCAAUCAGGGUGGCGGAGGACAAAUCUCAGUUGCCUCCGCGUCUGAGACAGUCAGCCCACUCAUCAUAUGACCAGCUGAGCGUGUUACCAUGGAGACUCAUGCGUGUGGAGGCUCACGCCCCACAGAGAACGAGAACCACCAUUAGGCGAUCCCCAAGGAAGGUAACCCACGUGACACUACCAAACCUUGCAACCGGGCCAAUCGGUUGCUUAAGAAGCCUGGCAAGUGUCACUCAGCACACCCUUCGAACUCACUGGAUUCGAACUCACGACUUCAGGGGUGGUAGUCAGCAUCUUUGCUCACUGACCUACCCAGACCCCCAUUACUUUCUCUUUUAAGAUAAAACUGAGCCCUUCUACUGGUAAUCUUUAUUUGCAGUACAGAAAACCUGAAGUUUUCUACUAGUUGAAAUUACUUGUCUCGUUUUAUUUUAUUUUACCUUAAGGUAAUCCAAAAGUAACAAAUUAUUUAUAUUACGUUAUUUUCCGUUAUAUUUUGAUUAGAUUACUGUGACAAGGAGGAGGGCAUGGCCAUGAUGGCGCAUGGCCGGUGCUGAAUCAGCUGAUCAGCGGGAGAGCGAGAUAAGGGGCAGCUGGAGUCAUUGAGAGAGAGAGAGAGAGAGACACACACGGCUGCAUUGCAUGUGUGUCUGUUUAUGUUUGUUUAAGUUCAUUGAUUAAGUUAAUUUAAACAUUAAAACUUUAUGUUGAUUGUUCAGCCGGUUCCCGCCUCCUCCUUGCCCAUCCUUUACCUGCUACAAUGGUGCAGAAACCCGGGAGGUUGGAGGGAUGUGCUGUCAAGGAGUCCUCGCAGCUGCCAGGGUAGCAGCUGCAGCUGCCUGCCUGAGGACAGAGGGGUUGCUGCCUGCCGCCGAGAGCCGGAUGAACCGCGGCCAUCUGCUGAGAGGGGGAGGAGCAGUUCUGUCCUCCAGGGGCCGGAGGACUCACUGCUGUCUGCCGGGGGAGGAGCGGGCUGGCAUCCGCCAGAAGGUGGAGGAGCGGUUGGGGACCAGGCAGCAGCGCGUCUAGGAGCCAGCGAGCAAGCCCUUCUCUCUCUCUCUCUCUCUCUCUCCUAUCUCUCUCUCUCUCUCUCUUUGUGUGUCUCCACUCACCCUUUACCUCACCCCACACCUCCCUUCGUUUGUCCCCCAGGUUCGCAGGAGGUGGGGUGGACCACCGGUUGGAGUGGGAGUUAGUCAGACCGGUGGCGCCUCUGCCUGAAUCUGGCGGGAGAGGGGUAUGAGGAGGGCAUGGCCGGGCUAUGAUGCACCGGUUCGAGAAAGAGAGAGACGCAUGCGACCGCGUUGCAUGUGUGUCUGUUUAUGUUUGUUUCAAUUAAUUUAUGCAUUAAAAGUUUAUGUUGAUUGUUCAGCCAGUUCCCGCCUCCUCCUUACCCAUCCUUUACCUGCUACAGAUACUUAUUACAUACAGUAUUAUUUUUUUUAUUAGAUAUCAAUUAGUAAUUAGUUUUUACUGGAUUACAGCUUUGAAAUAACCCGCCCUUCUCUCUCAGCACUGUAAAUCCAAUUUCUUUGCAAUAUUUAUUAGCAAAUGUAUUCUGCUUAAAAAUGGUAGUUUAAGUUUGAAACAGGGAAUUCUCAAAUUUUUUCAGAUUUUUGAAUGCACCUUACUUUCUCCUGGACCUGAGUCAAAGCUGUGGUACUUCUUAGAUGUUGGGUUGUUAAUAAUGAAAAAAAAAACAUGCAUAAGAGCCCCUCCCAGGGACAGAUUAACCACCAGGCCGUUGCCUAGGGGCUUCUAAUCUGAUCUAAUCUGCAUCUCACAGGUGCUGCGCAUUUAUUCAAAGGACUGCAGAGAACAAGCAUGUGAUUUACAAAACACUUUCAAACACAAUGAUAAGGUGUAAUUUAUCCUGGCUGUGUACAGCGUUUAUAAAUAUUAAAGUUCUUUUAAACAUUACAGUGAGUUAUUGCACAACGAUCAAAGUCGUCCUUAUAGUAUGUGUUUACAUGGCCUUGACGCACAUGUGAACAGCCCCUAAAUCGCCCUAUAGUCUACUUCAAAAACUGACCUGAACCUGGCCCAAAACCUAUAGGUUUAUCGGGUAACUUCGGACUCAGAUCAGGUUGAAGACCUCUAAAGACGUACAGAAUAACCGAAUAGUAAUUUUGGUAUUUGAAUACCAUGCACAUCCCUAAUAAUAACACAUAAUUUUGGAUCGGUUCUUAAUUAAAAAGAACAUGGAACUGGCCAUGCACGACAUUGCUCCAAACUAAUCUUCCUGUAGAGCAUUAAAGUGAAUGUAGUCACAUGACAUGUCAUGGGGGCCUCCAUGGUGUACUAGCCCAUGGGUGUCUCAGUUUAUAAUCUGUACUUGGCCCCUCCUCUUGGUGGUAAUUAUGUUUAAUUUUCAAUUUUUCCAUUUGACUCCUUCGCAGUGUUGACAUCUGGCAAUAUGGUUAUGGGCUGUUGCACCAUGUGAUAUUCAAAAGAAUUUAAUCCUAGAGUAAAUCAAUUAUAGGAUUGCAGUUGUGAGACACUCAUUAGAUGAAUAUCAGCAGUGAUUACAUUUACAUGCAUGAUAUUAUUCCGAUUAUGCCUAAACCUUUAUGGGGUUUAGGCCAUAAACGGCUUAAACUAAAACCAAAAGCCACAUGUAGAUUUUUGCCCAUUACCACAAUUUCGCUCUGCAUGUAAACACCUUUACCUGCCUUCAAACCGGCUUAUCAAAUUGUGCGGAUGGCUGCUUAUUUUUUUGACAUCAAAAGCAGAGAAUAAUCAGAUUUAAAAUCUUGUGUAAACGUGGUUCUUGCGCUGUCGGAUUUUCUGAAUAAACAGAUUUUUGAUAGUUAUCAGUGAUUGGUGUACGUGGGGCAACUCUCUUUUUUUUUCCUAUGCCCCUACACAUGGCCUUGGAAGUGUAGAAAUAUGCUGCAACAUUUUUGUUUGUGGUGCCUUAUAACCAACUAGACAUAGAAAUGAUUUUUUGCUCAAAGCAAAAGUCUCUGUGGUCUUUGAACGUUUGUCUUGGGGUUUGGCAACUUAUUCCACUAACAUUUGAAAGAUUUAACACAGCUUUAGUUCAAUCUAAAGUAUUAGUAUCAAUCCUAAUCUAACACAAUUUUGCUAUUUAAAAUGCCUGAAUUAUUAUUGGUUUUAUGACGUUACUAUUAUAAUGAAAUGUACACUGUAAUUCCAUCCUCAUUUUCUGGAAAGCAAUUGUUUGCAGGUUUAGAUAUUAGUUUUUAAACCAAGCUAGAAUUGCACCCUGCCAAACAGCAGGAGGCGUCUGUUGGAAUGCACAUGGAUGGAGACAACACACUGGGUGAUCCAUAUGAAUCGCAGCAGCCCACAUGACUCCAGUCCAGCGGUAGGAGGUCAUUUGAUUCUAGGCCAUCUGUUGUGUGGCCAGCUGUGUGUCGACCAAAAACAUUAUGCAACAGCUCAGCGAAUGAAUUUGCAGCGUCUCUCAAGAGUCUGGACUUGUUUACAGCAACUAGAUGUUGGGGAGGAAUCACUCAUGACUUUGAUUUGGAGCUUAAGCAAUAACAUGAACUUGUUUGCAACAAGGCAUCUAUGGGACAAUACAAGUCGCGUAGACACUGGUGUGCAACGCCACCCAAAACGUACCUUACUGAAAACCAAGAAAGUUAAUUCUGCUGAGUUUGGUUGCCGCUGUCAUUGUUCAUAAUUGUGUUUAUCCAUUUGAGCAAAGUAUAUACUUUAUUUUCUUGUUUAUUUUAUUAUGUUCAGUAAAGACUGAAUCUUUUUACAGUCUCAUAAAUAUGCUCUUUUUUUGCAUUAGGCAUUCAUUUAUUAUCCAAAAUGCCGUUUUUGAACCAGUGAAUGUAAAACAUUAUUUAUUGUUUUGUCACUGUUCCCCAAUAGUGCUAAUUGUCUCUUCAAUUACAUUUGUGUAUUCCAGAGUAGUGAUUCAUUCUUCUGAACCAAUUUUUAUUUAACGGCUUGAAUGAACCAAUUCAUAAAGCGUUGGUCGAUCACCCAAUGCUAAGGAAAAUCUGUAAGAAGGGCACGAUGUUGUUAACAAAAUGGGAAUAAUUAAUAUUAUUAGCCUAAUAGUUAAUGUUAUUUAAAAUUUUGUUGUUUACUGAUGUUCUUAAUAUUGUUAUCAAUAAUGCUGGAAGAAUAAACAUUUG